AUAACACCUAGGUGUGGCUUCAGGCACAGACAGAAAAGCAGCCUUCGAAGGCGAAGGAGACAGAGAGGUUUCAGCGAAUGGCCCUUCCACUUGUUCAAAGGAAGCAAAGCAGACUUUGCUUGUGCAUUGAAUGAAGCCAGUCUAGAUUUUAUGACUGAAAUAAACAAAGCCUGGCCUUAACCAACAGCCUCCCUUCCUGGCCUGACCAAGCGGCUGAACAAACGCCAGCUCCUCGCUAGCAAGGUUGGAAACGAUGGAGGUGAGAACCUGGAUAGAGCCCGUGGUUGCUGCGGCCCAGCUUGCUAGUUCUUUCUACGACACCGGGCUGUUGCUGGUCGCGAAGAACUACUACAACCACACUGCCGCUGCCUCUGAAACCAACAGCGAAAACGCCCAACAGAAAGCCAUCUCCAACUUCUACAUCAUCUACAACCUCCUCCAAGGCCUGACCCCGCUGCUGUCGGCUUACGCUCUGGCUCGGCUGGGCGAUGAGAAGAACAGGAAGAUCUCCAUUUGCGUGCCCCUCCUUGGCUAUUUACUCUCCCGGACCCUUCUGCUCCUGGUGAUCCUGGUGCCGUGGCCGAUCGAAGUGAUGUUCGGGGCCACCGUCUUGCAUGGUCUGAGCGGAGGGUUCACCACCUACUGGGCCAGCGUCAUGGCUGUGGGAUCUCAGCACUCCUCAGAGAGCAGGAGAUCGCUGCGUCUCAUCAUUAUUGAGCUCAUCUAUGGCUUAGCUGGCUUCCUGGGGAGCGUAGCAUCUGGGCACCUCUUUGUCACUUUCCACCUUGGGUACCAGCAGGGCACAGUGCUGGUUUCUUCCAGCAUUGCCUUAUAUGCUUUUUGUCUUUUCUACAGUCUAUUUGUCCUGAAAGUCCCCAAGCCCGCUGGUUCUUGCCCACCUGCUUCCAGGGACAUCGACCACCCCAACAGCAAGCUGGCUGAUGACGAAGGAGAUUUGGCCUUCCAAAAAACUGAGCAUCAGCACACUCUGGUACCUUCCAAGCUCAUCGUCGCCAUGCUGUUUGUAGGGGCCAUCAUGUACGACUUAGCGGUGGCCGGAGCCAUCGAUGUGUUGCCGCUCUUUUUGCUCAAAGAGCCCCUCAGCUGGGGACCAGAAUAUAUUGGCUAUUCCUAUGCUGCUGGCUACGUGAUCUUUAUCACCAGCUUCCUGGGCGUCUUUGUGUUCUCCAAGUUUUUAAGGGACACCUCAAUGAUCAUGAUCGGGAUCGUGUCCUUUGCUGCUGGCAUCUUCAUCAUGGCCUUCGUGCGGUGGACGUACCUGUUUUACAUUGCUCGAGGAGUUAUGCUGUUUGCCCUCAUCCCAUUGCCAACCAUCAGAUCUGCGUUAUCCAAACAUGUAGAAGGUUCCUCUUAUGGAAAAGUGUUUGUUCUACUGCAGCUGGCACUCGUGGUGACGGGAGUUGUGACAUCAACCGUCUUUAAUAAAAUCUAUCAAAGCACAUUGGACUGGUUUGGUGGGUUCAGCUUCCUCUUGUCCAGUGGCAUAAGCUGCUUAAGCCUCAUCCCUAUCAGCAUCAUAGCAUACAAGCAACGCACCUCAUCCGGUUCACUUGAGAUUUUAACUGACUGAGCACAAACGCAUGUGGAUUUCCUUCAGAAAUGGACAUUUGGGCCAGAACCUGUUCCAAGGUUGGGUAGCCCAGAGGACCUACUGCUUAAGAAAAUUCACUUUUGGACUUCCAGUUAGUUGAAUUAGAUGUCAAAUUCAAUCUCGGUGCUUUCAUGUGUGUCAUGGUGGAUGGAAUAAAGUUUAUACUGAGGAGAAUUGGGUGUUGUUUGCUCAGGACAGCCUUGCUGAGGCGUUUUAUCCAUCAGUUCAUUCCCUCACUUCCUUCUCAGUGCCCCCAAAGCAGAUAUGUGGCACAAAGGAAAGAUAUUGCUAAAGGAAGGGCCUUGCCCUCCUCUUUUGCAUAGAACUAGUUGUUACUAAUUCAUGGGUUACAGUACUUUGGUUUCGAACCAUUGGUUGGGACAGUCAGUCAGACCACAGCUUCAUGCGACUGAGUUCUUCGAAUAUUCAGUAAGCAGAAUCUACAACCAAGAAGGGAAUACAAACACCAGUGGACAAGAAGAUUUCCAAAUCGGCCUGGUAGUAGUGACAGCAACAUGCAAUAGAACUGCACCCAUAUCUGAACAUAUUCUUAUGAAAGUUGUACCACUUUAAAAUAAUCAGGUAGUCUUCAGUCACAAAUAAGCAAACCGGUAUCACAAGCUCUGACAACGCAUUUGAAUUGUGCUGUGUUCUGCAACGAAACAAGACUGGAUCUUGAAAGUCACAGAAUAUGCAGAGAUGGCAAGGCUGACCGCGGUUGUUAGAGACAAGAACACAGACAAUUUUCCGAAAGACUGGAAAUCCUUUGCGGACUACUAACUGAAAACAUAUUCAAACAGAGAAACAGCGGCAGGAUUCGAGACUGAAAUGAACAGAGCACAUUGGAUUAAGACAACUUUAUAAGAAAGACUACAAGUGAAAAAAUGUAGAUAUUAAUUGUAAGUACAGAGUCAGAAUUAUGCUUGGAUCCUUAGUGAGGUAGCUGGAAGUCACCAUAUAUGUGCGUAGGGUUCGUGUAUGUAUGUUCCCACCCCCCUUUUCUACCCUUUAGCAUUGCUAUUGUGGGGGGAGGGAAACUAGAUCGGGUUUCUUCUUUGUCUUUCUGUAUAUGUGUUGUUCAGAUGUGUGCAAUAAAUAAA